AUGCGGUCUGUGCCUGCGUGCUACCCAAACGUCGAUCUGAAUACCACUGAACGCUGGUUUGAAAAUUUCCAUUUUUGUAAUUUGCUUUCCUUUGUUAAGCCAAGACUUGAGAGAAACCUGGCAGCCGUCUGCAAGUCUGGCACGAUUUCCCUUCCGACGCACUCGGUUGGUGGGGAUGUGGAGGGGACCGCACAGGAGAGGAGAGAGAGGGAAGGAGGUGGCUUGAGAGGCGCCCGCCCGCCCACCGGGGCCUGCGGAGGGAGCGAGCCCAGCGUCUCAGCCAGGGGGUUUGGCUCCACCUACCGGAAUCUGAGGGCACUCGAGGCGGAUCCCUCUGCCGCCACGGAAACCAAAGGGGGGGACUCGGACAGCUGCUGGAGAAUUUCCCAGCCAAUAGGAACGGGGUCUAAGGAGCUGGCGGUAAGGAGUCGGGAGGCAGGGAUCGCCAUCACCAGCUCCACAGGGGCAUGUCAGGUCCAGCUCAGGGGUUAG